CCUUUGCUUUGACAAUUCAACAAAACUGAUUAAAAGAAACAAAACACCCAAAGAUAUGCUGUAGUCUCAUUUGGCUGAAACUGACCUAAUGGCGCCUCUACUGGCUGCAGCCCAGUACUGCACUCCCAUUUUUCCAAUUUACAGUGCAACCAAUUGAAGUCUGUUAAGUAGUAAGUUCUUAUUACUAAAAAGUGUCUGUUUCAUACACGGUGGAGCGCUUUUGUCGACAAAAGGGGUGAUUUUUAUGAGUGAAAAGGGACUCACUUGAGUCAAGAGCCAACACGGAGGCUCGCCAUGUGGCUGAUGGCGAGCGUCCGCUGCGUUUGGGACGAGGCAGCCUACCAGGCUUCAGAGGAUUAGGGGAUUUACGGAGGGAGAGAGAAAAAAAAAACGCUUCACUGAAGUUAAGCUUGCAGAAAAGGGAAAUUAAAUAGAACAAUUUGCAGGAUUGGGAUUUUUUUUUUUUUUUUUUUUCCGGCGGGGGGCAUGAAAAGCAGUAUGACUGACGGUUGCUGUCACUUCUGCGUGUACUUUUGAAAAAUACAUACAGGAUUUCACAAACAUCACAGCACCUCCUCUACAAGCUCCUUGGCUGCUCGCUUCUGCCAACCUCUCACCAGCCUCCCCUUCCCGCAACCCCCGACCCCCGGCCUCCCCGAUGCCUAAAAACAGCAAGGUGACGCAGCGCGAGCAGAGCCACGAGCACGUCACCGAGUCGGUGGCUGACCUGCUCGCGCACGAGGAGCCCCUCGACUACAAGAGCAGCUCGCUGAACGUCGGCGCCGGCGGAGAGAAGAAAGCGCCCCAGAUCGAGGUGCCGGAAAAUGACGGGCGGCCGGCAUGGAACAGCAAACUGCAGUACAUCCUGGCACAGGUGGGCUUCUCUGUGGGCCUGGGGAACGUGUGGCGCUUCCCCUACCUGUGCCAAAAGAACGGAGGAGGAGCUUAUCUCGUCCCCUACUUCAUCCUCCUCCUCGUCAUCGGCAUCCCGCUCUUCUUCCUGGAGCUGGCCGUGGGUCAGAAGAUCCGACGUGGGAGCAUCGGGGUGUGGAACUACGUCUGUCCGCGCCUGGGCGGGAUCGGGAUGUCAAGUCUGAUGGUGUGUGGCUUUGUGGGGCUCUACUAUAACGUGAUCAUAGGCUGGAGCAUCUUCUACUUCUUCCAGUCUUUCCAGUAUCCUCUGCCGUGGAGCGACUGUCCUAUCAGAAAGAACGGGACCCUUGCUAUCGUGGAGCCAGAGUGCGAGAAGAGUUCGGCCACUACUUACUUCUGGUACCGCCAGACCCUGAACACGACCAGCACCAUCGCGGAGAGCGGCGGCCUCAACGUUAAAAUGACUUUAUCUCUGCUGGCGGCGUGGAUCAUCGUGUGCAUGGCCGUCAUUAAAGGCAUCGCAUCUUCCGGGAAGGUGAUGUACUUCAGCUCUCUUUUCCCCUAUGUGGUGCUCUUCUGCUUCCUGGUCAGAGGUUUGAUGCUGAAGGGGUCCGUGGAUGGCAUCUCACACAUGUUCACUCCAAAGCUGGAGAAGAUGCUGGAGCCCCAGGUGUGGAGAGAGGCGGCCACCCAGGUGUUCUUUGCCCUGGGACUGGGCUUCGGCGGGGUCAUUGCCUUCUCCAGCUACAACAAGAUCGACAACAACUGCCACUUUGACGCCGUGCUCGUCUCCUUCAUCAACUUCUUCACGUCCAUCCUGGCCACACUGGUGGUGUUUGCCGUGCUGGGCUUCAAGGCCAACAUCAUGAAUGAGAAGUGUGUCGCAGACAAUGCUGAGAAGAUCCUAGGAUACCUCAACUCAAACGUGCUGAGUCAUGAUCUGAUCCCUCCCCAUGUGAACUUUUCUCACCUCACCACCUCCGACUACGCUGAGAUGUACCAGGUCAUCAAGACGGUGAAAGAGGACAGCUUCUCCCGGCUGGGUCUGGAUUCUUGCAUCCUGGAGGACGAGCUCAACAAAGCUGUGCAAGGCACCGGCCUGGCCUUCAUCGCCUUCACAGAAGCCAUGACGCACUUCCCGGCAUCGCCAUUCUGGUCCGUCAUGUUCUUCUUCAUGCUCAUCAACCUGGGCCUGGGCAGCAUGAUCGGCACCAUGACCGGCAUCACCACGCCCGUCCUGGACACUUACAAGGUCCAGAAGGAGGUCUUCACAGUGUGUUGCUGCAUCGUGGCCUUCCUGUGCGGCCUGCUGUUCGUCCAGCGCUCAGGGAAUUACUUUGUCACCAUGUUCGACGACUAUUCCGCCGGGCUGCCCCUCACUGUGGUGGUCAUCCUGGAAAAUGUGUCGGUGGCUUGGAUUUAUGGCACUAAAAGAUUCAUGCAGGACUUGGAGGACAUGUUGGGUUUCCGGCCCAACAUAAUCUACUUCUACCUGUGGAAGUUUGUCUCCCCCAUCUGCCUCAUCGUGCUCAUCUCCGCCACGGUCAUAGAGCUGGCGAUCAGCCCGCCUGGCUACAAUGCCUGGGUGCAAGAUCUGGCUCAGGAACGCUUCCAGAGCUACCCCUUGUGGGCACUGGUCAUGUGUUUCGCUCUCAUUGUCGUGGCCAUGCUUCCUCUCCCCAUCGUCUUCAUCGCCCGUCACUUCAACCUGAUGUCGGACGGCUCCAACAAGCUGUCCGUCUCCUACCGUAAGAGCAUGAUGAAGGACAUUUCCAACCUGGAGGAGCAGGACGAGGCAAGGUUCAUCCUGGGCGCCAAACCCGGCGACGCCCCUGCGUCAGUGCCAGCACGCAAAGCCUACUUGGCUCCUGGAGGAGGCAAACCCCUGGACCCCAACUCCUUGUCUCCUAACAGCUGCUAUGGGACGGGCUACCAGAAUGCUGCCAUCAGCCCUGCCACGCCGACCACUCCUACCACACCUGAGUCUGACUUUUGACUGUGUCCAAACACCGUCCACUGGGAUAGGAUCUUUCUACCACCAAGCCUCCACUAGGGGUCACUGCCCACCAUCAAAUAGCAUUAAUGUAGCAGUCUAAUUAAGAUAAGGUUAACUAUGCAGUGUCUACUGUACAUAUAUGGUAGCAUCAGGCACUGCAGCUCUGCACAAAAAAAUAAUGAUUAAUGUUUACAGAGCUCUCUGUAUCAUAAACCACACACUGUAAGCUGCUCUAAAAUCCCCCAUUAACUGUAUUUCCUCAUAUAGUGGCCAGGCAGGGGAGUUACCCAAGUGCAGAGAGGAUCAGGGAUGUGUUUUCUGCGGAAAAACUGACUAUUUUUUGACAAAAAAAGUUACAAAUUUAAAAAUGUAAAAAAAAAACACACACAAUUGCUUAAUUGCAAAUAUGCGGGGGAUCCACUAUAAUACAGUUUGUGUUACCAGAAAGUUUGGGUAUCGUCAUCCGGCAAACACUGUAUCAGCGCAAUUCACUUUCUACACCAAAGAAUAAGAAACACACGGCAAAACACUUGAAAUCUUCAUGUUCCUAUACAAAAACAGUAUACACUCAUGUUUAAGUGCUGCAAAAGCACAACAAAUUAUGCUUUGGAACAAACUAUGGUGCACACUUAAUUGAUUGGUGAGCUUAAUUGUGGUUGAAGACACACUAUGGAAGCACAAAUGAUCCUUAAUAUUGACCAGAGGUGUGGACUCAAGUCACGCGACAAUUUUGAUGACUUUGGACUUGACUUGGACUUUGAUAUUGAUCACUCGGAUUUGACUCGGGGUUUAGUCUUAUGACUUAAGAUUUUCAGUGAGUGUGUCGAGUUAAAAUGUGUCCCCAUUCAAAGUAUUGAACUAACGUGACCGUCAUGUCAUUUCCAGCAGGACACCCAAUAUUCCUGCACAAUCUGCCUCAUUGAAUGCAUCUAUUAACAUCCAGUCAGGUUUAAGGACAAAGAGGGUAUGGCUUACAUUUCUUUGAGCGCCACACUGCUGGAGAGUGGCGAUUAACACCGGGAUGUGUCUACAUGCUACAGAGCAGGGGCGUAUUUACAGUAGUCAUUUGGGGCCCUCCACAUCCUGGUACUGCACUGACUUAAGUUUUAUUGUCAUCUCAAUACAAUGUCUUCAAUGCGGGCAGCAGCUAGUUACAUAGCCAUGUUUAUAUACUCUCCCAAAAUCGAUUUUAAAUAUUAAUGUUUAUCAUCUUCCUCUUCCUGCCUGCUUGGAGACGAGAGACGAGGAAAACAGACAUUCAUUGCACAUGGCAAUUCGUUUUCAUUUGUUUCAUUAUCGCCCCAGGCCUAGUGCCCAUGAGAUAUUUUUGUUCUGAACGAGAUAUCUUGUGACACCCCUACAGAUUAUGCAUUUUGGUGUAGUUUUAAACGGUCACUUAUCAACUUUGCUUAAAUAUGUUCUAUAUUGUUUGUAAAUUUGUUCUACGUUGGGCGUUUCCCAAGUGAAGUCCUUCCCAAGUAAACAUGGCGGUAUACGAGACAGAGGAUGUUUACAGUGAUUAUAGCAAAGAUUUGAGCGGUGUGUCAACAGUUUGAGGAGUAAGAAACAUCUGGAGAUGAAAUAGAAACCUGCAGAACAGGGAAUUGAGCCGUAUUUAUUCGAACCACCGACGAAACUAGCGUUUCUGAUGACAAAGACAUGGAGAUGAAGAUUGAUUGGCUUCAAAACACAGAAAACAAACUUGCAGCAUCACUUGGACACUCAACAGCCAGCAGCAACACGACGAUAUGACAUGACUACUAUACUGAUUAAAAAAUGUACCGAACAAACUCGACGAGCUACCUCGACAAGCGUUUCUUUGCACUGACAACACUUGGGAAAGGCCCCUUUUCUGCGGCACAAACAUUAAGUGUAAUUUUUGAACAUAGAACAUAAUUACAAACAAUACAGAACAUAUUUAAGCAAGGCUGAUAAAGCAUGUUAGUGACCCUUUUAAGCACGUCAAUUAAGACUAAAGCAGUAAUAUGUACUUUAAUGUACUUUAUUAGUUCUUAUGAGACGUUUGGUGGGGGGGCUGGAAAUCUCGGGGCCCUAGGCAAUUGUCUGUUUUCCUAAUGGUAAGUCCGCCCUGCUACAGGGGAGUGCAUUUCUCAAAUUAUGCGGUCAUGGUAUUUUGUUUGGUAAACACGGAAGGACUGAACAUUUCAAGCCUAUGACUUCGGACUUGACUCGAUUUGUCUUGACUUGGACUUGCACGUCUUUACUUGGAUAAAAGACUUGAGACUUGCAAAACACUUGACUUUCUCCCUCCUCAGAUGUUAAUGCAUACAUGAAAGGCAAGCACAAACGCUGCACAUUACUAAAAGAUUGUGACGCAUCAGCAUAGCACCAACAUAUUGUCGAUUAAAUGUCACUAAAUGGCACAAACACAUUUAAGCACCAAAUUCAUGUGUUGAUUGUAAAGAACAUAGUAGCUGCAGAUUAUUUAUUACAAAGCAGAUAACAUUGAUUUUUUUUUUUUUUACAUCACAAUAUUUAAAAGCUGUGCUGUUACUAAAAGGAUUAUAUUUAUAUUGCGGUAUAUUUGCAGUACUGUAUACGUAGAUGUGAAUAUCAUGUAGAUGUACUGUAUAGUGAAGCGCAUUCCAAUUGUAUAUUUACUAUUUUGUAGUUUGUGUUCCUGUAGUUUGGUAUGUUAUGUAAAUAACGACACGUAAUGGCUUUAUCGUUGUCUUUUGUCAGCAAGCGUAACGCGCUAGGAUGACUUGGAUACACUUUCACAUGUUAGCAUUUGUUCCGUUUGUGCUUCUUAAAGCAAUAACCGUUUAAAGCGCAGGAAUGUGAUAAAAGGAUAGGGCUGAUGGAAGGGGAGCAAAACGAUGAUUUUCAGUGGAUAGUCCGCACAUGCUUGUGUGUGUGUGACUGCAGGGUCUGUACUGUAUAUUCUCCUCAGUCAUGAUUGUACUAUGAUUACCAUUAUUGUACAAAGAAAAUGUGGUUUCACUAGAAAUACUAAUAAAGAUUAGGGUUACAAGGUGAAAUGCCUCAUAAUAAUUAUACAAUAAAAUCACAUGAAAUUGGUCCUAUCCUGCUCAUUUCAGUGAUUUCUCAAAUGAUAUUGGAUCCCAGUGUGGCAAUAUACCAAAUGUGUUUUAACAAAAUACUCCAUAAAUCUGUAUUCUCCUCUUGGCCGACAGACUCAUUCCCGACCACGCCGACUCGAUGAUCACGGGUGGGGGGGGUUGGCUCC